UUCGGCGUUCCGUGAGCUAGUUUGCUAAAAUGUCUCUGAGAUCCUGGCUGCGCCGCUUGGUGAGCAGUUUCGGCUGGUAGGAUUAAGGAGUUGCCCGGUAGUGCUGUGGGUAAGACCCGUAACCGAAGUUUGAGCCGUGAAACUACAUUUUCAGACAGGCUGACGUCAGUCCCAGCUGUUCCCAGUUUUGCUGUUCCUUGGACCCUUUGGGUUGAGCCCAGUCGUAGCCGUGCAACAUGGAGCGUCUCCACUGCGUGAAUGAAGGCUGACCACAAAGAAGGCGGCGCUCCAGAUGACGUUCCCAAGUGGCCUUGUGGAAGCAGUAGCUGCGUGUUGGAGUGCUUUUUCAUGAUUACCGUUGUAUGUGUGUCAGCGGGAACAGCUUAGCGAAACCCGCCGUUUUCAUCGGGCCAGGGAAUGAGACUGGAGUCAAGAAAUCCACAAAAAAGGAGCUCCUGUUUAUAACCAACAUCCUCGAAAAGCUUGCCCUCCAUUACUGUUGUUGGAGUUUCUAUGGUUUGCAUGGCUGGAGAAUAACCGUGGAGAGGCCAGGGUAUCACAAGCUUAUGGAUUUUGAUAAGAGAGGGGGCAAAGGAGAGACAGAGGAAGGCAAAAAGAUGUCUAAGUCGACGGCCAACAGGACUGGCGGCAGGGGUACAGGGACCAAUUCUGGAGUUCUUAUGGUUGGCCCGAACUUUCGUGUGGGCAAAAAAAUCGGCUGUGGUAACUUUGGAGAGCUGAGGUUGGGCAAAAACCUCUACACUAAUGAAUAUGUGGCCAUCAAAUUGGAACCCAUAAAGUCCAGGGCGCCACAGCUCCAUUUGGAGUACAGAUUUUACAAACAGAUGGGAAAUUCAGAGGGAAUUCCUCAGGUGUACUACUUUGGCCCAUGCGGGAAAUACAACGCCAUGGUUCUGGAGCUGCUCGGGCCCAGUUUAGAGGAUUUGUUUGACCUGUGUGACCGCACCUUCUCCCUCAAGACCGUCCUCAUGAUAGCCAUACAGCUGAUAACGCGGAUGGAGUACGUGCACAACAAGAGUCUGAUCUACAGAGAUGUGAAGCCUGAGAACUUCCUCGUCGGGAGGCCCGGGAGCAAGAGGCAGCACACCAUCCACAUCAUCGACUUUGGUCUGGCCAAAGAGUAUAUAGACCCCGAGACCAAAAAACACAUCCCCUACCGGGAGCACAAGAGUCUGACAGGGACGGCGCGCUACAUGAGCAUCAACACACACCUGGGAAAAGAGCAAAGCAGAAGAGAUGAUUUAGAGGCUCUGGGCCACAUGUUUAUGUACUUCCUCCGAGGCAGCCUUCCUUGGCAGGGCCUGAAGGCUGACACUUUGAAGGAGCGAUACCAGAAGAUCGGAGACACCAAACGAGCGACCCCGAUUGAAGUGCUUUGUGAGAGCUUCCCUGAAGAGAUGGCCACCUACCUGCGCUACGUGAGGAGGCUGGACUUCUUUGAGAAGCCAGAUUACGAUUACCUACGGAAGCUCUUCACUGAUCUGUUCGACAGGAACGGCUACAUCUUCGACUACGAGUACGACUGGGUCGGCAAAUCUCUCCCCACACCGAUCGGCCCCAUCCCCAGUGACACAACGCUACCGCCCAGCAGCAGAGACAAAGCACAACAGCAGACCAAAAACCAGUCACCUGAGCCCAAAGGAAGUGAGUCUCAGCCCACCCCCGUGACCAAUAAGGAGACUCUGGGGUCGCACCUCACAGCUGAGCGGCUGGGGGGCUCUGUUCAGGUGAUGAGCUCAACGAACGGUGAGCUGAACACGGACGACCCCACGGCCGGACACUCCAACGCUCCCAUCACUGCUCCCACUGAGGUUGACGUGGUUGACGAAACCAAGUGCUGUUGUUUCUUCAAAAGGAGAAAGAGGAAAGCCCUCCAGAGGCACAAGUGAAGGAAGAGGAUGGAGGCAACUUGAAACAUUGUGGUCACUGUCGAGUUUUAAAUGGAAGCAACUACACAAAAAGGCCCCGCCCCCUUCGUCCCUGCUCAUCCUCCCCUCCAGGCCGCCACCAUGUACCUCCUUCCUUCGCCCCUUCUCUGUCUCUCUCUCUCUCUCUCUCUCUCUCUCUUUCUCGGCGCUCCCCACGGCUCCUGCCGAGUUGAAGGAAUGUUGCAGUCCUACUGACUCCACAAGAGACUUUUGAUUCUUUUACAGACUAAUUCUAAGCGUACCUGCAUUACAACUGGGAGCUCGAGGAAAAGCGUAUAAAAGCUGUAACAAUGAAACUCGAAUACAGUGGCGUGAAUUUAAAAAAGAAAAAAAAAAAGAUGCUGUUUGAAGCAGUUGUUGUAUUCUAGAUUCCAUGCAGAACGUUUGGAUCAGCUGUCGAUCAGGGGAAACUAUUCAGGUGGUUCAAGUGAAAGAAAUCUGCUCCGUAGGAAUUAAAUUUUCUUUUUUUUAUCCUUUUUUUUUUCUCUGUGUGUAUUUUGGGAUCAAGGUGAAAGGUGAACUAUGCUGAUGUUCAAUCUGAGAGACACAGGAAGCAUUUCAUCUUUAAAACUGAAUCUGAUUUUUAUGUAUUUUUCUUUUUUUCUUUUGUUUUGUAAGUUAAUCCUCAGUUUUCAGACUCCAACCCUGCAUUCAACGCUUCUUUUCAUGUCGUAGUUUUCUGGAGUUCGGUUCUUUCCUCUCGUCCUUCAAUGUGGUCUUUGUAGCGCAGUCACUGGCCUCAGGUACUGUGGAAGAAAGAGCGAAAGCAGAUACUAAGCUCUCAUUUUUAUUGCACUUUUGGGAAAGAAAACAAUUACAGUGGAAAAACUUUAGGCUUAAAAUUAAAAGUCAAGACUGAUCUAGGAUGAUUAUCUCUGCGCUCAUGGCWUAAAAAGGAAAAGAAGAUGUUUCGAUUUCUUGUUUUGUUUGUUUYACAUCCAAAUAAUUUACCAGAAAAUUGUAGUUUGUGCCUUUUUUUAAGUAAAAUGUUUAAAGCUCAAAUGAGUGUCCCACAGURAAAUUUUAUCUAAUCUGACCCAAAUGCUCGGUGGAUUAAUGUCCGUGCUCGUGUGUUUGGGAGGGAGCACACUGGCRGCCGCUAAUCCRGAAGUUCUUGUAAGCAAAUCUGUGAAAUGAGCGCGCAUCCCUGCAGCCCGCUUCAGAGAGGUUYACGGCAGCAGAACGGCCAAACAUGGCCGAUGUUGUGAUAUUUCAUCUGGAUAAGUAGAAAACAGAAAAAGAGCUCAGUGAGGUUUUCUCUGGAAUUGCUGGAAUCCCAUUUCUGAUCAAACAGAUCAKUAAAACUCAUGUUGUGGUUUCACGUACCUCAUGUUACGUCUUCUUGUUUUCCUCCAACAUGUCUGACAAACUCCUGCUUCCUUGCCUAGUAAUUYGAAACAUACCCUAAAAAAUCUUGUAUUUUCUAAGAUGUUCUGCCAUCUUUGAGUCCCGUCACCUCCAGCACAUAGCCAGCUUUUGUUCGUCGCAAGAAGCAUUUGAGUUAAGAGUUUUGUUUUCAUGUGUACAUUUUAAUGAACAAGGAAACAUCUGAGCCUGCUUAUGUUUGAGACCAUGGACUGAUUACUAGUUAUGCACCAAUCAUUGAUUUCUGCUGUUCUGUGAGGUCUGACCUGCCGAUUUCAACUUUGACUGCUUCCCAUGUUGUUUUUUCUUUCUACUGAGGAUUAUUUGAUUUAAUAGAAAAUGACAUAUUUACAUCAAUAUUUCUGUUAUAUGCAUCAAAGCAUACAUUUCUAAUCAUAACUUGACAUGUAUUUAUUAGGGAUUCAACUCAGAAUAAGGUUACAUACUGUCUGUGGAAAUCUGUGGAAAUUUCUCUUGAACUGAUCAAGAGAAAAUUGGCCAAUUCCUAACCGAUAGUUUGCGGCACGCCAGGAAUUCACAAGAUGCAAAAAUGUCCCAAAUUAUAAAAAUAAAAUGAUACAUAAUAAUCAGAGCCAAAUUUAUGCCGCAAAACAUUUAUUUUCUGUUCUAAUAAUCAGUCAGAUUUAUUUUUUUUCCCCCWAUAAUCCGUCCGUAACUACCCUUCCAGAACAUGUUGACCAGUAUGUUAUAGCAUCUAAACUCAUUUUAAGAACCAAUUAAACUGAACUUUGAGGAGAAUUUCAUACCUGCAGGAUUCACAAAAACCGUUGUGAUCAAGAUUAUUUCAAACCUCGUCUGGUUUUCACACAACUUUGGCACUUUUUUUUAUUUUUUUUAUUUUACAUUCACAUAUGAAUCCAGCUGUUUUAUAAGAGAGCAGAUCAUUUGUUCCUCUAAGCAGGUUUUAGAGGAUUGAUGAACAUAAGUGAGAAAGCAGCUGUGCAACCCCACAAAGUUCCUGGAAUCCUGUCAUAGCCAUGACUUMAUUUAGACAUGCAGUAUAAGGAAACUGCAGAGUUGUACGUUUGCUGCUGUAUAUUAACCCAAGCGCAUAUCCAAAUGUUCAGAUUAUGGCAAGCCAAUAGGGCCAAAUGUUUUUUUAGACAUGUCUGGAUAAGAAAUGGUGUUAAAAUUCCCUUGGGUUGAUGAAAACUCUUCCAGAUUUUAUGCCUAUAAGUGGAUUUUCAUGGCCACCUUAGCAGCAGAAAGAAAGGGGAAAACCUUUACCCAGUUAAUGAAUGUUGCGCAAUUUGUCAUUCUUGAAUAAGCCUUUAAUAUCGAAAAGCUGGACCUCCGCCCACCGCCACUCAGGAGCCGUUCAAAACGCAUUCUUGAUGGGGAUCUGGUGACUACCCAACGUAAUUUUAUGCGAUUUGUUUAGGGAAACGGGUUGGGAAAAAAAACAUUACCAUUUUUUGUCCCUAAUGGCUUGCCAUAUAGGAUGACUCUACGCCGUUACAUGUGGACCUGUUAACAACAGGGAGCACUUGUUGGCUCAUCAAAGUAUUCCACUGAAAACUAGAUUGGUUCUUGUGACCAGUAGGGAGCUCCAGCUUGUUAUAAUCCAUUACUCUGCGUUUAUUAUGUGAUUUCUAAUUGGGGGAGAGAGUUUCCGGAGAUGCUCAGACCAGUGUUGAACUGUGCUUCUGCUCUACGUCUCUUGGUGUAACUAUUUGCAACAUGUAUUUGUAAAUAUGACAACGACAGAUCUCUAAUUGUGAAUAAAGGAAGUUUUAUCACAGGA